AUGUCAAAGAGUGCUGAGAAAUUAGAUUCAAUCCAUACAGACGAGUCUUUUAAUUCAUCACUAUCUGAUGAAUUUAAUUACCAAAAACGAGCACCACGUUUUAUAAAAUGGAUAUAUCAAUUAGAUAAUUUUGGAAUAGAAACAAGAGGAAUUGAAAGAGUAAGUGCAGAAGAAAGAAGCGCUAAAGCAAAAUCAACAAGUACAACUUAUCAGCUUAUUCAAGUUAUUGGAUUAUGGUUUGCUGCAUGUGGUGGUUUAACAUCGAUGUCUUCAUUCUUUUUACCUACUUUAUUAUUCAAUUUAAACUUGAAAAAUUCAUUAGUUAGUGGAAUCAUAGCAAUGUUAAUUGGUUGUUUAGUACCAGCUUAUUCUUCAACUAUGGGUCCCAAAUCUGGAUGUAGACAAAUGGUGACUGCUCGUUUUUUGUUUGGAACUUAUGGUGUGGUAGUGGUAUCUUUGCUAGCUAUUACUGGUGGAGUAGGUUGGUCAAUUGUCAAUUGUGUUUUAGGAGGUCAAAUGUUAGUUGCUAUCAAUUCCAAUAUUAGUUUAGCUGUUGGGAUAGUUGUAAUUGCUGUUGUUUCUUUAGUUGUAGCAGUUUUUGGAAUUAAAGUGUUGUUGAAAUUCCAAACUAUUUUGGCUAUACCUAUUUUCAUUGCUUGUAUUUUGUUUUAUGUUGUUGUUUGUAAUAAGAUUGGGUAUGUUCAUGACUCAAAUGAGAUAGUAAAUCAAUUGGGUCUAGAUUCGUUAACAAUUAGAGGGACUUGGCUUUCAUUUUGGACUAUAGCAUAUAGUUCUACAUCUUCAUGGGCUUCAGGAGCUUCUGAUUAUUAUAUUUUAUUUCCAGAAAAUACACCUUCAGGAACUGUAUUUAUGGUUACAUUUUUUGGUAUUGCAAUACCAACUACAUUUGUUGCAGUUAUAGGUACAAUAUGUGGAAAUAUUGCAUUAUCAUACAAGCCUUGGAAUGAUGCAUAUACAAAUAUGGGAGUUGGUGGAUUAAUAGUUGAGACUUUCCAACCAUGGGGUAAAUUCGGGAAAUUUGUUGCUGUCUUGUUAUACUUAUCUUUGAUUUGUAAUAAUAUCAUGAAUACUUAUUCAAUUGCAUUUGAGUUUCAAUUAAUUGAUAAACAUUUGGUUUUUGUGCCUAGGUGGAUUUGGGCCACAAUUGUUUCUGCAAUAUAUAUUGUAUUAUCAUUAGUUGGAAGAGACAAAUUCUCAGAGAUUUUAUCUAAUUUAUUACCUAUGUUGGGUUAUUGGAUUAGUAUGUAUAUUGUUUUGUUACUUGAAGAAAAUCUUUUGUUUAGGUCAACUAUCAAGAUUAAAAAAUUACACGAAAAAGAAUUUGAUGAUGAUGAUAUGGAUAAAUUGUAUAAUUGGAAGAAUUGGAAUGUACCAAAAGGUAGAACUCUAGGUAUUGCUUGCUGUAUCUCAUUCUGUUGUGGUGUAGCUGGAGCUGUGUUAGGUAUGAAUCAAGUCUACUUUAUUGGUCCUCUUGCCAAAUUGAUUGGUUCUCAAGGUGGUGAUAUAGGUAUAUGGUUAGCUGCUGGUUUUACUGGUAUUACUUACCCAUCUUUAAGAUACUUGGAGCUAAAGUAUUUCAAAAGAUGA